GGUGGAGGGCUGCACAGGGCAGGCCGCUGAUGGGCGGCGGUGUUGGUUAGCUCCUGUGCGGCAGGGCCUUCCGCCGCUCUGCCCAGCACACCGCUGGAGAGCUGGCAUUUCACUUGGUGCUCCCCCUUAGUCUAUGGUCUCAGUGAAUCCAGCGUUAGCGAGUGAGUCGUUUGAACACUGCGCAGCCUUGGGCUGCGCUCCGCUCUCUGUUGUUUUCAGGAACAGCUUCUAGUGGGGGCAGACAGUGCUACCAUGUCGCAACUCACUGCGUGGCGCUUUGCUGUGUUGUCCUGCUCUGUGCCAGCAAGUGGAGGGCCAAGUCCUGGACAUCUUCCCCUAGAGGAGAUUUAUGAACAGUGGUUUUGUUUGUGUAGCACAGGGGGCAAACUCCAAGCAUCUUGCAGUGCCGAGGAUCCCUCAGCCCAGAUCAAAGGUGACAAGAAUAGCAGAGAAGUUAAGAAUGAUGCAGAGAACACAGAUGUGAAGAACAAAGAAGAGAAGAAGGAGUUGAGCCCAGUGCAGUGGGGGAGAGGAGAAGAAGCCUAAAUCUUCUUCCCAGGUGGGUGACAAUGCCUGUCGAAAGGAUGCGGAUGCGCCCCUGGCUGGAAGAGCAAAUCAACUCUAACAGGAUACCAGGGCUGAAAUGGCUAAAUAAGGAGAAGAAGAUUUUUCAGAUUCCCUGGAUGCAUGCUGCAAGACACGGGUGGGAUGUUGAAAAAGAUGCUCCCUUAUUUAGAAACUGGGCAAUUCAUACAGGAAAAUACCAGUCAGGAGUAGAUAAACCUGAUCCAAAGACAUGGAAGGCAAACUUCCGUUGUGCUAUGAACUCCCUGCCUGACAUAGAAGAAGUGAAGGACAAAAGUAUAAAGAAAGGAAACAAUGCCUUCAGGGUGUACCGGAUGCUGCCGUUAUCUGAAAGACCUUCCAAAAAAGGGAAAAAAACAAAGUCCGAGAAAGAUGACAAAUUUAAACAAAUUAAGCAAGAGCCAGUCGAAUCAUCUUUUGGGAUUAAUGGGCUAAAUGAUGUCACUUCUGACUAUUUCCUGUCCUCCAGUAUAAAAAAUGAAGUUGACAGUACGGUGAACUUUGUAGUUGUAGGACAGUCUCACCUUGAUGGCUGCAGCGAGGAGCAAGUGAUAGUUGCCAAUCCUCCUGACAUUUGCCAAGUAGUAGAGGUGACAACAGAAAGCGAUGAAAAGCCCCUCAGCCUGAGCCAGCUGUACCCGCUCCAGAUCUCCCCUGUCUCAUCUUAUGCAGAAAGUGAAACGACCGACAGCGUUCCAAGCGAUGAAGAAAAUGCAGAGGGACGGCUUCAUUGGCAGAAGAAAAACAUUGAAGGCAAACAGUAUCUCAGCAAUCUGGGUAUGAGGAACACUUCUCAUAUGCUUCCCAGCAUGGCAACUUUUGUAGCCAACAAGCCUGACCUCCAAGUCACCAUCAAGGAAGAAAGCUGCCCACUGCCUUACAACAGCUCCUGGCCCCCUUUCCCAGACAUCCCUCUGCCACAAGUAGUGUCUACAGCCUCCACUAGCAGCGGCCGGCCAGACCGCGAGACACGGGCCAGCGUCAUCAAGAAAACAUCAGACAUCACCCAGUCAAGAGUCAAGAGCUACUAAGCCUUUGAUGGCGUGGGGUUUUAGCUUCGUUUUGUUUGGGUUUGUAUUUUAUGUUUCUCUAGGAGAGGUUCAUCCCUUGACGCACACGAGACAAAUCUAAGGUAAAGCCUUGGCAAUAUAAACCAUUGCUGUGUCCGCCCCCAGUGCCACAGUGUUUCUAACUCAGGACUCCAGCCGUCAGUACUUACACCUGAACCCAGGCGGAUCUCCACGGUUGCUGUGCAGGCAAACAACCAGAGAACUUUGGCCCACUUGCAGGUUCCAGUGUUUCAUAAGAGGACCAACCAACCACAAGGGAAGUGGUGCUGCUGCGCUUCUUGCUGUCAAGGCUGUGAUGGAACUGAAAGCCUCAGAAUGGAAGAGAAAAUGUGAACUAGCUGGAAUAUUUUUAAAUAAAGAAAAAAAUCUAUUGUGAAUAUUGUACAUAGUGCAGUACUAGCAACGUUGCAGUCUGCUUCUGCACCUUAUUAAGAAAGCACUUACAAAAGGCCUUUUAUUACCUUGCUCUACUUAAUGGCACAUUGAAGGUCCCUCCCCACCUGUAUUCUUUUCCAAGGCUAUUCUUGCUAAAGUGUCUUUAAAGAAUAGAGGAAAGGAAAGGAAGUAAAAACUUCCAUGUGGAUUUCAUAUGUUUUAAGACUGCUUUUCUCAUGUUUGUUUCUAAUCAGCUAUGCUUGAACGCUGCGUGGUACAAUAGAGAAAAAGAAAAAAGAAACCUAUUACAGAGAUAUUAUGCAAAUUCCCAGAUUUAAAAGAAAAAAAAAAAAGAGAGAAGAAGAAGAAAAAUACUCUAAUUCUAACCAGAGCAAGCUUUUUUAUUUUUUAUACAGGGGAAUAUUUUAUUCAAAAUAAAAUUCUAAAAUGAAUAUAAUUUUUUUUAAUCUUUUCUACAGCAAAUUUAUAAUUUUAAGAGUCAGUCCUUGGUUAUCAGCAGUUAUUACAUCCUUGUGGCACAUUUUUCUUUUUUUUUUUAAUUUUGUAAAGGUGAAAUAGCUUUUAUGAGCUCAUGUAGCAAUCAGAUUAUCCUGUGGAUUGAUAAUAAAUAUGGUAUAUAGUUAAAUUUUUAAUAA